AUGUCUAAAACUGGGCUCACUGGAACCAUCCCUCAAGAUAUUGGAAAGCUUCAAAAGCUAGAAGGAUUAUAUCUUUAUAACAACAAAUUAACAGGUGAAAUUCCUUUUUCGAUCGGAAAUUUAUCGCAUUUGAGCAGAGUCAACUUAAGGUAUAAUAAUCUGGAAGGCAGAAUACCUCCAAGCCUUGGCAAUUGUAAAAGCUUGUUAUAUUUGUAUCUAUCGGCUAAUAAUUUCAAUGGACCCUUACCUAAGAAUCUCUUUGGAGGAUAUGCCAAAUUUAUUACAUUAGAUUUAGCUUAUAAUCAAUUAAAAGGGCCCAUACCUGUUGAGAUCAAUAAGCAGAUCAACAUGAUAAAAUUUAUUGUGUAUAAAAAUAAACUAAUAGGGAAAAUUCCAGAUGUCUUUAGUGGCCUGCCUGGUCUUGAAUUAUUGGGUAUGGGUGAUAAUAUGUUUCAUGGUUCAAUUCCUACGACAUUCGCCUCUUUGAAAAGUCUCUUAAAAGUUGAUCUUUCCAAGAACAAUCUUUCUGGCAUCAUUCCUGAAUAUUUUUCUACCCUUCCAAUGAUAUUGUUUGUAAACUUAUCUCAUAAUGAUUUUGAGGGGAGUGUUCCAACAAAAGGAGUAUUUGCAAAUGCAAGUGCAAUAUUUCUGGAUGGCAAUAGUAAGCUCUGUGGCGGAAUUUUGGAGCUGCAUCUACCGCGUUGUGCGGAGAAAAAGGGGAAGAAAAGAAGAUCUCAUGCUCUCAAGAUGACAUUUAUCAUAAUGUGUGCAUUUGUUGGGGUAUUGGUCAUGGCCACAUGCAUAUGGUUCUACUUGAAAAGUCAUAGCAAGAAAAGGAAAUCUACCUCAUCCAACACACUACGGAAGGAAUCAUUCUUGUAA